AUGGCGUUUGGAGCAGAGGGCGGCGAAGGCACCACGCUCUCGUCUUCCCCGAUGAGAGGGCAGCUGAGGCAAGAACAAGAGCAGAGGGCGACGGCCGCCGACGCCGGUCAGAAGCCCUUCAAGGGCAUCCGCAUGAGGAGGUGGGGGCGGUGGGUAUCGGAGAUUAGGAUCCCCAGGAGCCGCACGAGGAUAUGGUUGGGGUCCUACGACACACCGGAGAAAGCGGCCCGCGCCUACGAUGCGGCGCUCUACUGUCUCCACGGCGUGCGUGGCCGCUUCAACUUCCCCGACGAGAAGCGGCCGGGCUUCCCCGAGGAACUGCGGCUGGCGCUGUCCAAGAGCGACAUCAAGGCCAUCGCCGCUCGGUUCGCGUCCUCCUCCUCGCCAUCCCCGCAGGGGAGCGGUCACCUGCCGCCCUCAUCUCCGGCGGUCUCUGCUCCCCAUCGCCCCGCUGCUGCGGGGAGGUGGCCAUCGGAAGAAUCGGAGCUCAUCCCCAAGGUCAGAUACGACGACGACGUCUCGAACCCGUCAAUGGAUGUUGACUGUGGGUCGCCUCCUUUCGGGCUGGACGACUUCUUGCUGAGAGACCCAUCUGCGUCGGGAACAUGGGAUUUACUGUAA